UCUCCGUUAUUGGGGAUUUGUGAAAAAAAAAAGCCAACAAACCACACACACGACAGCCUUAUACAUUUCCCUGUUCUUAGAUUGGCCCUUGACUCUCUUGCAGAUGUUUGCCUGUGUUUGGUUUUGCACUUUAUUUCUGCAUUUGAAAAAAAAAAAAAUCUUUCCGAAGCAGCCUGUGGACCCGGCCUUACGCUGUAUUCGGCUUCUGAAUUGCAUCUUGGCCGGCUCUAGAUCAAUCUGGCGGGAGAUGAAGUCUCCUUUAGUAAGACUGUACCUCUCCUCCUACCUUUUAUCUUUAUUUUCGGGGCUUUCCACCUCCUUGUCGUUUGACAAGAUGCAGGAUGUGAGAGAUUCGCCUAUGAGUUGCUAGGAGACGCUGCCGUGCUCCCCGGGAGAUUCAGUAGUUUCCUUGACAACCGGAGACUGGAGCGGCCUCAAACGAACAAACCUCCCUUGACUGUGGGAGGGAAAAGGGGGCUUUUUUUUUCUCUGCCUUGCUAACUAGGAGAGAAUGAGAGCCGUGGGGUAAACAACGGGACGGGGCUAGGGCUCUCGUUCGGACUGGAAAGCACCGAGAGUCCCAGAGCUUUGGAAUCCGAGGGCCAAGGAGUGAGCACUGGAUCUGUAAGGAGGAAGGACCGAACUCGAAGCAGCAGCAUAGAAAGCGACAGAAACCGGCAAAUCAAGGGGAGGAGGAGGAGGAGACGAAGUGGGAACCUUCCCGGGGGCAAAAGUGUGGAGGAGAGGCGGGAGGGAAGGUGGAAGUCUCCCAGAGUACGACUGGAAGGCCCGAAGUCAGGAUGAAUUCUAAACAGGUCCCAAUUAAUGGCUUCUGACAUGGAUUAUGAAAGGCCAAACGUAGAGACUAUCAAGUGUGUCGUGGUCGGGGACAACGCCGUCGGCAAGACCAGGCUCAUCUGUGCCCGCGCCUGCAAUGCCACUCUCACCCAAUACCAACUGCUCGCCACCCACGUGCCCACCGUCUGGGCCAUCGAUCAGUAUCGGGUGUGCCAGGAGGUGCUUGAGCGCUCCCGAGAUGUGGUGGAUGACGUCAGCGUGUCUCUGCGGCUCUGGGACACCUUUGGAGACCAUCACAAAGACCGGCGCUUCGCCUAUGGGAGAUCUGAUGUGGUGGUUCUGUGCUUCUCCAUCGCCAACCCCAACUCCCUGCACCACGUCAAGACUAUGUGGUAUCCCGAAAUCAAACAUUUCUGUCCCCGGGCCCCCGUUAUCCUGGUAGGCUGCCAGCUGGAUCUGCGUUACGCCGACCUGGAGGCUGUGAACAGGGCAAGACGGCCCUUAGCCAGGCCCAUCAAGCCCAAUGAAAUCCUGCCACCGGAGAAGGGCCGGGAGGUGGCCAAGGAACUGGGCAUCCCAUACUACGAGACGAGCGUGGUGGCCCAGUUUGGCAUCAAGGACGUGUUCGACAACGCCAUCAGGGCCGCCCUCAUCUCCCGCCGCCACCUACAGUUCUGGAAGUCCCACCUGCGCAACGUCCAGAGGCCCCUGCUCCAGGCCCCCUUCCUGCCCCCCAAGCCUCCGCCCCCCAUCAUCGUGGUGCCCGACCCCCCAUCCAGCAGCGAGGAGCGCCCUGCCCACCUGCUGGAGGACCCCCUCUGUGCGGACGUCAUCUUGGUGCUGCAGGAGAGAGUGCGCAUCUUUGCCCACAAGAUCUACCUCUCCACCUCCUCCUCCAAGUUCUACGACCUGUUCCUCAUGGACCUGAGUGAGGAAGAGCUGGGGGGCUCCGGGGCGGGAGGCUCCCUCCCGGGGGAGGAGCCCCGGGGCCACCAUCAUCAUCACCACCACCAUCACCACCACGGGAGGGACUUCCUGCUGCGGGCAGCCAGCUUCGACGUGUGCGAGAGCGUGGACGAGGGCGGGCCGGGCCCCGCGGCCCUCCGGGCCUCCACCAGCGAUGGGAUCCUGCGGGGGGACGGGGCGGGGUACCUCCCGGGCCGGGGCCGGGUGCUGUCGUCCUGGAGCCGGGCCUUCGUGAGCAUCCAGGAGGAGCUGGCCGACGACCCCCUGACCUACAAGUCUCGGCUGAUGGUGGUGGUGAAGAUGGAUGGCUCCAUCCAGCCGGGACCUUUCCGAGCCGUCCUCAAGUACCUGUACACCGGGGAGCUGGAUGAGAACGAGAGGGACCUCAUGCACAUUGCUCACAUCGCAGAGCUCCUGGAGGUCUUUGACCUGCGCAUGAUGGUCGCCAACAUCCUCAACCACGAGGCCUUCAUGAACCAGGAGAUCACUAAGGCCUUCCACGUCCGCCGCACCAACCGGGUCAGAGAGUGUUUGGCCAAAGGCACCUUUUCGGACGUGACCUUCGUUCUGGACGACGGGACCAUCAGCGCCCACAAGCCCCUGCUCAUCUCCAGCUGCGACUGGAUGGCUGCCAUGUUUGGGGGGCCGUUCGUGGAGAGCUCCACCAGAGAGGUGGCAUUCCCCCACACUAGCAAAAGCUGCAUGCGGGCCGUGCUGGAGUACCUCUACACGGGCAUGUUCAGCUCCAGCCCGGACUUGGACGACAUGAAGCUCAUCAUCCUCGCUAACCGGCUCUGCUUACCCCACCUGGUCGCCCUCACAGAGCAGUACACAGUGACCGGACUAAUGGAAGCCACACAGAUGAUGGUGGACAUAGAUGGUGACGUCCUUGUAUUUCUGGAACUGGCUCAGUUCCACUGCGCGUACCAGUUGGCUGACUGGUGCCUUCACCACAUCUGCACCAACUACAAUAACGUGUGUCGGAAGUUCCCCCGGGACAUGAAGGCCAUGUCUGCAGAGAACCAGGAGUACUUCGAGAAGCACCGGUGGCCCCCAGUCUGGUACCUCAAGGAGGAAGACCACUACCAGAGGGCACGGAAGGAACGCGAGAAGGAGGAUUACCUCCAUCAGAAGCGACAGCCCAAGAGAAGGUGGCUGUUCUGGAACGGCCCCUCGUCUCCUUCCUCUUCUGCUGCCUCUUCUUCCUCACAGUCGUCCUCCUCAGCUGUGGUUUGAGAAAUGCCUCCGCCCUCCCCACACCACCGCUGUUCCCUCUCCUUCCCUACCCCCCUCACCGCCCCCUACCCCCAUUUCUGGCCUUCCCCCCGCCUGCCUGGCCAGGAACGGGGACUACUGACCGGCUGGGGCUAGGCUCGGGCCCUGCGGGGAUGGAGCGGGGGGCAAGGGCGAGGACUGGUCGAGGAGGGGAGAGGGGCUUGGGGCCCCAGUCCAGAGCGGGUGACGAGGCCGCUGCCAGGCAGAGGGAGCUAAGGGCCCCAUUUCACCUUCUCCUCUUUCCACCCGGUCCACACGAGGAGUCCCUUAGCCAUGGGGAAAGGCCCGGCCUGCCGAGCGGAGACCUCUCUUUACAGGAAAGAGAUGGGCUUCUUGUUUGGGACCGUUGUUGUUCCCCAACCUUCUUAGUGGCUCCAAUGUUUUCCUACCACGGAGGAUGGGGGCGGGGGGGGGGGUUCAAAAAAGAAUCAGGGUCAUUUUACAUGGGGCUUCUCCUAUCUGCCCCAGGCCCCACGAGGGUCCUCUUGGAGAGGGCAGAUAGAGUCUUCUCACCCUGGCGCCAGCCUCACACUCCGCUUCCUUGCGAGGAAACACGGGGACCCUCACGGCGAGACAGACUGAGGGAAGGGAAGGAGAGAGAGCCAGACACACCGCCCUGCCGCGAUCCGAGGAGAGGCGAACAGCCCGGGCGGCUUGGCAACCAACCCCUGGGCCCAGAGGGUCAAGAGCCGCUGGGGUCGUCACUGGACCCCAGAGGGUCAAGAGCUGCUGGGGAGUUGAUCCAAGCUCCUAGCUGAAGACAGGGCAGCUCUUGCUGCUGCUGCUCCUGUAGGAGAGGACUCUCCCUCAAUCAACCUCCCCGACGACCCAAGCUCCCAAUAGUGCUUCGCCUUGAACGCGGAGAGUUACGGGCUUGGGGUACAGGAGCCGGUGGGGACCGGUGCGGGCCAGGAGAAAGUCGGGGAGGGGAUUGUGGACCAGGCUCCGAACCCUCUCCCUAGUCCUCCAGCUUCUAACUGACAGCGUCCCUAUCCCCACACCAGGUUAGCACAGCUUUGGGAAAUAGCAAAAAAACAAAGCCCCCAAACCGGUCCCCUAACGUUUUAAUAAAGCCAAACACUCUGCCCACCAAGGUUGGGUUGUCAAACAGCCCAGUUUUCCCUCCCCCGGGGGAAGGGAUGCCUGCUGCCAUCUACCCUGGCCCCUUCGGGUUGGUUUAGAAUGACUGGGAGAGGGGCCCCGUCUCCACCCCCGGGGCAUCAGCAUUUCCGAGACUCAUCCGCCCUUCCUCCCGCUGCUGCCGGCCCACUCCCCCAGCAGGGCACUGGCUCUGAGGACCGCUUCGGCCUUGGGAUGCAGGCAGUCCCCCUUUUCAAGGGUCACUGUCAUCGGUUGCUGGGCCGUUGGGGGAGUCCGGGAAGACCCCUCCUCUCCCCGUGCCCUGCCCCAUGGAGAGAGGACCGUCCUCCCAACCGGGCCCGAAGCCUUUGGAAAAUGGGGCUGACAGGGAAGGCCGAGGGCCAGGGCAACUCCCUGAAACAAGCUGGGAGAAGAGGUACGCUCCCUGCUCCCUUUCCACGCCCUUUUCGCCCCCAGCCACCACCACCAGGAUGAGGAACACUUGGUGUGGAAGGCCAAAGCCCGGGCCUCUCCUCAGAUCCCCGGCAGCUGGGCGAACUGGCUAAAGCCCGCCAUCCUGGGCCGACGUCGGGGGCGUGGGGGGGGAACUAGGCGGACUGGCAGCAACGACAGCAGCAGCAGCGGCUCAUUCCUGGCCCUGGGAGGGUUCACUUUUCACUUCCCCAAGCCUCAGGCGGGGCUCAGCCCGUGAGAACGGAGGUGCUCAGAGUCCGUCCGGGACCCGGGCUUGUGGGUGGAACGGACGGGGAGCCAGCCUAGCUCAGCGCAGCUCCCGGCUCACGCCCGGGCCCGGUCCAGGAUUUACGGAUCGUCCUGGGGCCGACCCACAGCUCCGGCUGUGUUCCGAGGUGGGUCUGGGGCGACCGUUAAAGGCCCGAUCCCCUGACCGUCCCCAGACGCCUCUAGCUGGGCCGGGACCGGGCAGACCGCCCGCCCUCGGGCACUCGGCCGCGGCCCCGUCGGAGCAGAGCAAUGGCUUCUGGGAGGGCUGUGCUGCCCUCUGCUGCCAACGUAGCCUCUCUAAAGGCCCAGGCUCCCGCCUGCGGCCGCCCCGGCGGCCCGAGCGUGGGAAGCCGCCGCUUCUUCUCCAGGACCAGCGAGGCUGGAGGGUCGAGCUGGGUUGGGGCUCUUAAACCGAAGUGGUCAGCAAAGGCUACGGCGGCUACCGAUCCCCCUCUGGCUCCCCAGCAGACCCUGCCUCGGGCGGGAACCUGUCGCCCCAGAGAUGGGGACGCAGCGGGCAACCGCAAGAGUCCGGUCACCGUCUUUGGCAGAGGACGGGGGCUGGGCUUUAAGCCUAGGCAGUGCGCGAGGCCAGUAACCAAAGAAAGACUCUGAGCCUCUCUCCAGUCUGGCAGGGAGGCACGCAGUUUUGAAUCAGGUGAUUGUGGAAGAAGCGAGUGAGAGGAGAGGGGAGGGUUAAGGCCCGGAGGCGGCAGUCAGGAAAGAGUGCCCCGGCCCAGAGAGGAAACAGGCUCCUUCCUCUCUUGGGGGCCAUUUUCUGUUCAGCUUAGGGAGGAGGAGGCACCGGGGGUAGGGGGUGGGGGAAAACAGAGAGUUGCAUUAGGCGCAAAGGGGCAGCUACUCCCUCAGGGAUCCACCUCUCCUUUCCCCGACACCUCUGUCAGCCACCCUCUGCCCCGCAGUGAUCCAGGAGCUCACCUGAUCGGGCCAGCCCCGCGUGGGCGACCGGACCCCGGACAGCAGAGCCGAGCCAGGGGUGGCGUUCCCACUUCCGGGAGUGGACGGACACACGUCUUAUCCUUUGUGGCUCUGACCCUAGCGUCCCCCAGAGGGUGGGGGGUACGAGACUCACCCGCUGAGAGCGGAGGGUCAGGGAGCGGGAGGGCAAGGCUGUACUCUGGAGCCCCCCUGGAGGGUUGGUGCUGUUUGGGGCGAGGAGAAGAGAAAAACAACUUUUUAUACAAUUUCAUAAUUUAAUUUGAUCAUUCAUAAAUACAUAUUUUCUACACAGUG